AUGUCGCCGUACGACGUCCUGGAGGUGUCGCGAGCGGCGACGAAGACGGAGAUUAAGAUUGCGUUUCGACGACGCGCGAAGGCGACGCACCCGGACGCGGAGCGCGGCGACGCGAGCGGCGACGCGUUUCGCGCGUGCUGCGCCGCCUACGACGCGCUCUCGGAUGAGGUUACGCGACGGAUGAUCGACGAUGGCAUCGUGCACGCGAUCGAUGGAUUUGAGUUCGUCGAGGGGGCGGUGCGAACGACGCUGCGUCCGGAUGUUCGAACGGCGCGCGAGGCGCGGCGCGGAACAAAGGGACGACCCGUCGCCCCGAGCGCGCUCGACGCCAAGAUCGCGGCGGCGCCGAGUGAUAGAGACGCCCUGCUCAAGCGCUGGUACCUCAAGCGCGCCGCCGCGGCGUGGCGGCGUUGGUGCGAGGCGUGGUACGCGGCGUUACACUUCGGCGCCCCGGUCGCCGUCGCGCUCGCCCUCGCGCGCGCGGCGGAGAUCCACGCCGCGCUCGAACACGUCACCACAAAGUGA